AUGUCGCCGAUGGAUGUGUUCGGUGUAGUCUACAUCAUCGAGAACGCACAGCAAUUCUGGUCAGAGCUGGAGGACAUCCUACAUAUACCAGAUCGUCUCACAUUAGAUCGUCUGGAUGCAACUUUACGCCGUUUCGUUUCUUUCUGUGCCGCUUACCAUGAACAGUACCUACAGAGUCCGCUGCAAAUGGAGCAUGCUUAUGACCUUCUCCUAGCAUCGGAGCUACUCGCCUUCCAUUCUGAGCGUAUGUCGGAUAUACUCCUGGAUGAUGCACGAAACGCCACCGACCCGCAUCUCCAGCUCAUUCUUUACAGUGUGCUCCUCGCAUAUGGCCGGCAAAACAUGAGCUUCUUGCGGUCGCAGAAGCGGUGGCAGCCAUUGCUACCACUUCUCAUGGACAAUGUAGUCUUGGACGUCGACCCUGGAGUGGAAGACACGUAUUCUGGAUUGGUGACCGGUAGCAGCUCUGGAGGACAGGCGGCGACUGCUGUACCGAUUGAGGCGAAGCUUCGAUCUCUUUCGGUCCGUCUGUUGUACGAGGUGUGCAGAGUGCAGAAGCUCUCGCUACCAGAGCUCGAAAUAUUCAGCGAUACCUUCAUUGACUACCUCUUCGAGCUUGUGGAGCAGACACGCCAUAUGCAAGACGAGACGUUCAACUACUCGGUCAUCAAGUUGAUUGUGGCUCUGAACGAGCAAUUCAUGGUCGCUUCCCUACCAUCACAUCCGCCACACGUGCAUGGGAAACCUGCGCUCGAACACAAGAAGUCAGAGAAGGCGGAUGGUGAGAACCGUGUCCUGCGCGUUCUCAUGGCACGCCAGGGUUCAAGCAUGACAUUUGGUGAGAACAUGAUAUUCAUGCUGAACCGCGCCGACCGGACGCCUGAAGACCUUUGCAUGCAACUCCUCGUUCUGAAGUUGCUGUAUUUGCUGUUCACGACUGAGGGCAUGUCAGAGUACUUCUACACAAACGACCUCCGCGUAUUGGUCGAUGUGUUCCUGAGGGAGAUCGGAAACAUCGACGAAGAUAAUGAGUCGCUGCGACAUACCUAUCUGCGCGUGCUACAUCCCCUGCUCACCAAAACGCAACUGCGUACCAUGCCUUACAAGCGUGCGCAGGUCAUCCGCACACUGGAAUCGCUCGUCGAAAACGAGACUAUUCAUGACAUCGACCCGACAACAAAGCGCCUCGUCGCGCGGUGCCUCUCGGGCGACUGGUGCGUGCAGUUCCGCAAGACGCUCAGCGUGGGCGCACCACCCCGCGUUGACAGCCCAUCCUCCGUCAUGUCCGAGCCGCACGGCAUGGCUGCAUACGCCGAGCGCGCGCGCUCAGGCUCCAUCCGCGGAAAGAACUACAAAGCGAGCCGCAGUGCGGAGAACCUCCUCAACCUGGGCCACGCGCGAGGCCCAUCGCAGGGGCGACAUGGCCCGCUCGACGGCCUGCGCCAGCCGAGCGCGGACAGCACAAGCAGCCUGCCAAAGGCUGCGACGACGUCUGCGCCGACGUCUGCAGUGUCUCGACGCCGCGACCGCGCGGGGUCAUCACCCACGGAGCCGGACUCGCCUGUGUCAUUGCUCUCGUCGUCUUCGUCGUCGACGUUGAGCGCGAAACCCAGGAGGACUCCGCCGCCACCUCCGAAACGGCGGAAACCGCCUGCUGUGCCUGUAGCACGGUCGGGGCUCAGUGCACUCACGGCUUCGCAGCCGUCGCUCACCGAACUCUUGCCCAAGGGACGUUGA